AUGAGUGAAAACAGCGCAAACAAAGAUAAACAAUUUAUUACCAGCCAAGGUUGUUUCUUGGGAGCACUUCAGGCACCCCAAAGAGAACCUGAUAGGGCCUUGUUGAAGCUGAUGAAAUUUCUAAAAUGGUCACAAACCAGCCUGGAGUCUCGAUGGGAAAGUCAGAACAUCAAUGACAAGGCACCGGAAUCACCACCCUGUAAGCUUCAACCAUUGGAGCACUGUACCAAGGGACAAAAGAGAUUUGGAAGGAAUUCUAUUAAGACCGCCGACAGGAAUUUCACACCUUUAAACUUAGCAGGUCAAAGAUUACCUGCAGGUACUAGGGGUGCUGAGGAACUAAUCGAGGAGUGGAAAGGGAAAGCCUUGCAUGGAAGAUAUCCAUCCAACUUAUAUAACCCAGACGUUCACCGAAAUCUGUCAUUACGAAAACAAGCCUCGGAUGCGACAGGUGGAGGAUCGGCGCCUGUUCGCCAGACUGAACCGACCUUAGCGGAGGUAGGCGAAGCAAGUGGCGCCCCAACGCGAAAUCGUACCACAAGGUCACGCGACGGAAACGGACAAAGCACCGAUAAUGGAGGGUUAGAAAACUUGGGUCGUACUCAAAAUGACCCCGUUCCUAACCCGCAGCCCCGCACGAGACGUGUGCGCUGGACCAGGAAUGAUAACCUAGAUUUGAUACGCGCAUACUACAGGGCAACUAAUGGCGAACAGAACAAGACAGGAUAUAGAAUACGGCUUUAUGAACAGUGGAUCAGUCUUAGACCCGAUUUCCCUAGAGAAUCGCAACAACUUGCAGACCAAUUACGCUCAGUAUUACGUAGAAAAGUCAUAUCAAACGCAGAACUGGAUCAUCUAAAGCAAGCAGUACUAGCAGAAACACAAGACCCGGAACAGGAACAGAAUGACAACCUAAAUGAAAUUUCAGAGACCACCCACAACACACCUCAAUCCCGUGAACACGCGUCUUCAAUUCGCAGACAAUCACGGCACUCGGUCAUACCACACCCUGAAGAAAAUAUAGUAACCGAAGAAAUUGGACGGAUAUUUGAAGAGUACCGUAUGAAAUAUAGUGGUGUUGACUUCUUAAGUCGUCCAAGGCUUCCUAAAAUUAAAUAUAAUAAUCAAACAAAGUCAACUGUCGCCAUCAUGAAUAGAGCAUUAAGCCAAUACUUACCGCAAAGUUUAUCUCUUCAGGACACAUGUGAUUUAAUCUACUGCGCCGCUGCUGCUGUCUGUCAUGUUACCGGAUUGAGGAUAGGAGAGAUGGCGCAAUCAUCAAAUCAUAAACCUCAAAUACCACCUUGGAAGAGGAGACUGGAAAAUAAAAUAAAAGAUAUUAGGGUAACUAUUGGAGUACUACAUACAUACCUAACAAAUGAUAACCCGUCGAACAGAACCAAACGAAUAGUAAAUGAUAUCAUCCGACAAAAUAACUUGGAAGCUGGUUCCGUUCGUAUCCUAAGGGAAUUUAUGGACAACCUGAAACAAAAAAUAGCUGCAUUAGGGUGUCGUUUGCGACGAUACAAUGAGAGUGAAAAACGGCGCAAACAAAAUAAACAAUUUAUUACCAACCAGAAGUUGUUUCUUAGAGCACUGAGCACCCAAAAAGAAGAACCUGAUAGGGCGCUUGUUAAAGCUGAUGAAAUGUAUAACUUCUGGAAUAACAUCUGGGGAAAUGAGCAAGAACAUCAAGAUGCUUACUGGAUUAAAGAAGAAAUACACCGCACGCAAGAUUUACCGAAAAUGAGGGAAAUCCAGAUAACAGAGAACGAUAUUAAACAGGCCGUUAGCUCACUAGGAAACUGGAAAGCACCCGGAAUUGAUAAAAUCCAGGCAUACUGGUGGAAGCACCUCACACAUGUCCAUGCAGUCUUGGCAAUACAAUUGACCCAAGCAAUAAAAAAUCCCGCUGAAACAAUACCUGCUUUUUUCACCAUGGGCAUCACGCAUAUGAUACCUAAAAAUAAAUUUAUUGAUGAUUCUAAAAACUUCAGGCCAAUAACUUGCCUACCAGUCAUAUAUAAAAUUUUCACGUCUGUAUUCGAAAAAUCAAUAUCAAAACACCUAAAAAAUCACCAUAUACUGGCAAGAGAACAAAACGGCAGCCGAAAAGGAUCUAGAGGAAGUACAGAGUGGCUUAAUAAUUGA